AUGCAAAGGACCCGUUUCGUUGUGACCAAGAAUUGGAUGCCUACAUUUGCAACACUUGCACCGAAGAGUUUCCUCCUCAGAAGAAAGUCGAGUUGCAUAUUGGGAAAGUUCACGAUGAGAAGUUUGUAUGUGAUACUUGUAACGAACUAUUCUUGCAUCCGCCGACAAGGGCUGUCAACCCAUAUUAAUAAGGUUCACUAUCGUAAAUUCUAUUACUAUUGCAAAGAUUGUGGAAAAGGUUUUAAUGACGGAGUUUUGUACAGAGAACACAGCAGUGAGCAUUUUGGUAUUAAACCCUUUGUGUGUGUUGUAUGCAACAAAGAGUUUGUUUUCUCUCGAUACCUUCUAGUCCAUCAAGUAAGACACCACACAGUUCACAUAGAAGGCAUAUUACAUAAAACCCAAUAUAGUAUUUGUCUGAAAGUUUUCAGCAAAGUCGCCACUUUGCUGAAGCACAUAACAACAAAGCAUAAUCCGAAUGAAGACCCAAACCAGCGUAAGCAUCUAUGUGAUAUGUGCGGCAAAGGUUUCGGGUCUUCAGACAAACUUAAGAUUCACUACAGGGUUCACAUCGGUGAUAAGCCAUUCCCGUGCAACUUUUGUGGUAAGAGCUUCACCAAAAAAGAUUAUCUUGUUAUGCUCGAAAGAGUUCACACGGGAGAAAAGCCAUACACUUGCGAACACUGUGGUAAAUGCUUCAACCAAGCUUCAUCCUUAAGGAUACACGUUCGUGGUCAUACAGGGAAACGUCCGUACAUUUGCCCGUUUUGUAAUGUUGGUUACAUUUCUAGAGGCUCACUUAACAUACAUAUGAAAAUUUGCAGUGGCGCCGCAUACGGAAAUGUACAAGAUAAAAAAUGA